AUGCUAAAAUGAGCCAAAAACAAAAAAAAUAGGUUAAUAGACGUGACACACAAAUGUAAAAAAAGGUGCUUUAAAUGUAACACUCAAGCUAAAUGUGAAAAUUGCGUUUACUAUUUUUUUAUCAACAGCGCUGCGUCGUCUAUGCUAGUUUUGUAGGUUAACUACUAGCUAAUAACGAAAACAGAGGGCGCCGCUCGCACGACAUUUCUCACUCUGUAUCACUGCAAGUGCGAUUAAUGUUUGAAUAAUAUUUUUCAGUUGGAAUAUCUUUUAUUUAUAUGUAGGGCAGCUGAGGUAGACGUGAAUUACUGAUACUUCAUCCUUCCAAGGCAGGUGAUGGUUUAGCCAGGCAUACGAAGAUGCACUAAUCCACCUCACUCACUUCUCAAAGGAUUUACCAACUGGGCUUUUACCAUUGGAGCAGGAUGGAGGAACAAGAGCUAAGCAAUGACACAGUUUGUAACCAAGACAAAUCUGCAAUGCAAGACAGUGUUCAUGAUGAAUAUCAAUUUAGAACUCAAAAGACAAAAAGAGAGAAAAGGAGAACAGUUCUGAAGCAUACUUCAGCUGAAAACAAAGUAACAAAAUUUAAAAAUCCUCAACCUCAAAGACGGAAAUAUGAAAGUAAAAGAGAUAAAGCUUCUGUUCUUAAGGGGGAAACAUCUGUACACUCAGUCCAAGGUCACGUGGAAGAGGGAACAGAGCACAUGUUUCGCACUCACAUAUGUACAGAAUGCCGGCGCUGCUUUAAGACCCGCUCUCAUCUGAUGGAGCACAUGCGUAUCCACUUUCCUGACCCCAGCCUGCAGUGCCCCACCUGCAAGCACUACUUCACCAGCAAGAGCAAACUUCGUGUCCACAUGCUAAGGGAGUCUGGUGAGAAGCUGCACCGCUGUCAUUUGUGUGAGUACAGUGCAGUGGAACGCAACACCCUGCGCCGCCAUCUCAUCAGUGUGCAUGGGCAUCCAGGAGAGGAUAAAGAUGCCACAGACCUGUAUACAUGCCCAACCUGCCAAAAGACCUUUAGUCAAAGUCAGGCGUUAAAGGGCCAUAUGAAAUCCCAUCACAUGACAUUUGAUGGGCAGCCUCUGCCCUGCUUUCAACAGGGAUGCUCCUUUCAAUGCACAGAGAAAAAGCUGCUUCAGAAGCACCUGUUGGAUGUGCACAGAAUCAAGGCUGUGGAGUGUCGUCACCAUGCAUGCUAUGCUUUGUUUGGAUGCAAGGAAGAUAUGGAGGUGCAUUUUCGAACACAUCAGGCAUUUCAUUGCACACAGUGUGACUUUACAUGCUCUAACAAGAGCCGUUUUCAGCAGCACAGAAGACAAGGUCAUGCAGGGGACAAGAAGCUCAGCUGUGGCUUCUGUCCCUUUACUACUUUCAAUCCAGUUGAGUAUGACCAGCACGUUGGCCACUUUCAUGCCAGUGAGAAAACUCACAGAUGCCAAGAGUGUAACUUUGUGACUGCUCACAAAAGAGUCCUUAAAAGACACAUGCUGAUGCAUACAGGUGAAAAGCCCAACAAAUGCACUUUGUGUGAGUUUAGAUGCCGGGACGAAACGUAUCUCUCAAAACACAUGCUGACACAUUCUGAUGACAAACAGCACAUGUGUUCUGAGUGUGGCUAUGUUACAAAAUGGAAGCAUUACCUGAAUGUCCACAUGCGCAAACACACUGGUGAUCUCAGGUACAAGUGUAACCAGUGCACAUACCGCUGUCACCGCAUCGACCAGCUGAAUAGCCACAAGCUUCGGCAUCAGGCCAAGACGCUGAUUUGUGAAGUGUGCGCUUAUUCUUGCAAGCGAAAGACUGAACUGCACAAGCACAUGCAGCUUAAACACUCUACAAGUGAAGACCAACAACCUCCUCUUUACCAGUGCAAGUUCUGCCCGUACACAACAAAGUAUCGACAAGCUCUUCACAACCAUGAAAACUGCAGACAUACUCGCACAAGGGAGUUUCGCUGUGCCCUCUGCUCUUAUUCUACAUUUAGCAACACCGGCCUUUUCCUGCACAAGCGAAAGGUCCAUGGCUACGUGCCUGGGGAUGCAAUGUGGCUGGAGACAUAUGCAGAGAAAGAAAAACAAAACAAUUCAAUGGACCUGAUGCCGGAAUUUUAUUCUAAAGUUGUAGGCUCUAAGAAAGGAGUUGAGGAGCACUCUGAAAAUCAAGGGGAUUCUAUGGGGAAUUCAAAAACCCCUGACCAAGUAGAUUCACAGAAUACUAUGACAAACGAUAUAAGUCUUAAUAUUGCUAAUAGUUGUGAAACAGUAACCAAUACAGAGACCGUCAAUAUUGGUUUACAACAUCAGGCGAGUUCAGAUGUUCAUUCAUUUGGAGAUAACACAGACAGAGACCCUGGGCUCAAUGAAGAUCAAGAACAAUAUUGUAUUCUUACCCCAAUAACAUGCCCUGAGAAUGUACAAACAGAACACUUGCAUACUGAGUCAGAAGACCAGGGAAUCACAGCUAUGACAGCUGAUGCCUCCCCCAAAUCUCUGAAAUCAUGCAGUGUUCCUCAGAUCCCCACAGUAGAGCCUGUUAGUGAUGAGGAACAUGUUGGUAUGUCAGAAAGUGAUAUUGAAGAGCAGACACUAGACCAAGUAAACUGUCUGUUACAAGAAGGGUCCCAACGGUCAGCUUCCCAUGAAGCAGCCUCCUCAACAACUCCAUCAGUUGAUGAUGCAGGUUCAGAAACUCUGCUCCAGGUUAUGAGGAGGCAGGACAAAGACCAAGCUGAAGCACUGAUCCUGGAAGGUAGGGUACAGAUGCUGGUGGUCCAAACCCAAGACAAUAUUUACCAGUGUGAUCACUGCUCAUAUGUGACACGCAAACAGGCAGCAUUGGUGCGGCACUGCAGAUCGUCCUGCCAAGUUAUGAAAGCAACUCUCCAGUGCAAGGACUGUGGUUUACGUUUCAAACAGUUACGUUCUUUUCACACCCACCGCCUCAGAAAGUGCAGAGCUCUGCAGAAGAAGAAAAAUAUGCUCUCUGUGGUUGAGGCAUCAGCCAAGGUUAGAGUUCAAGGAACUGCACAGACCCAGGAUGAAUUACCUAGUAAAAAUCAGACUGGAUGCCUUCUGGAACCUGCUACAGUGACGGAUCAGUGUGAGGUUGGUGCGCCAAAAAGCCCAACAGGAGAUAAAAGGGUACAUGUCAGGAAAACAAACAAUUCAUCGGUUCCUACUAAGUCCCUGGAGUUAGAAACUGUUGAAAGCUGUGUUUACCGUGAAGACAAUAGGUUUACCUGCCAAACUUGUUCCUUCUCAUGUAGCAGGAAAGCUACAAUGGAUCGCCACUGCACAUCAUGUUUUCCUAAAGGGAAGGUAACUGUGAAUGAGCCAGAAAAUGAACACAGUGAAGAAGAAGAGCAAGAUGGAGAAAACAGUGAAGUAGACUCAGGAGAGAAAGUAUUAACACCUGCAAAACGAUUUUCCUGUCCAAACUGUCCGUUUGUUUGCCAACAGAAGAGAGCGUUGGAAAGCCAUGAGAAACGGGGCUGUUUAAAGCCUGGUGAGAUCCAGUGCAAGCAGUGUUCAUUUGUGGCCAGAUCAAAAAAAUCUUUAAAUCAGCACGUCCUUGUUCACAGUAAAGACAAAGAUGUUAAACAAGGCAAAAGAGCUCAACUUCAUUGUAAGCUUUGUAGCUUCACCUGCAAGCAGGAGCGAUGUAUGACACAGCAUGUUGCACUGAAGCAUGAGGGAGCUCGCCCUUUCCAUUGCCGAUUCUGUGAUUUUAGCACAGUGCGGCGACAUCGCCUGGAUGCCCACGAGUCCAUGCACACAGGCAUAGGCAGACACUGCUGUGAACAAUGUGGUCAGACUUUUGGCACCUCAUCCAAGCUACGACUGCAUUGCCAGCGGAUCCAUGAUAGGCAGGCCACCCACUUCUGCUCUCUGUGUGACUACAAAGGCUACAAUCCUACUGACAUUAGCCGUCAUAACCUCAGUUGCCAUACGGGAGAGUUAAGCCAUCCCUGCAACCAGUGUGAGGCCCGCUUCAGCUCUGAUAUUGCCCUAAAACAGCAUUGUAAGAGGACACACCAGGCCACCAGCACCCACCAAUGCACUGAGUGUAGCUUUACCUGCAACAGCAAGAUCAUGCUUAAGGCCCAUGUGCAACAAGAACAUUCUCAAAUCAAGAACAUGCAUGAAAAUCCUGUUACCGAGAAACAUUGUAAGAUGUCCCUCACCCAGAAGUGUCCAGAUUGCCCUUUUGCCACCGGGAAGAGGUUGCUGCUCAUCCAGCACAUUUUGGAUGAGCACGAGGCAGGACGUCCUGAGGAAAAAAAUCUGAAAUGCGACAUCUGUGGCUACUCUUGUUUCCAUCAGUUGGUGUUUGAUCAACACAUUCGCUCGCAUGGUGGUACUUGUCUCUACAAGUGCACUGAAUGUGAUUUUUCAACACGCAACAGGCAGAAGAUCACGUGGCACAUGCGAAUCCACACUGGAGAGAAGCCGUACCAUUGUGAGAAGUGCAGCUACACCUGUGCUGAUCCCUCUCGGCUCAAGUAUCAUAUGAGGAUUCACCAAGAUGAGCGCAAGUACCUAUGUCCAGAGUGUGGUUACAAAUGCAAAUGGGUAAACCAGUUGAAGUACCACAUGACAAAACAUUCAGGAACCAAAUCAUACGCAUGUGAGGAAUGUGAAUAUCGCACAAACCGUGCUGAUGCUCUGCGCAUCCAUCGAGAGACUCGUCACAGAGACGUGCGCUCAUUCAUCUGUGAAAAGUGUGGUAAGGCUUUCAAAACCCGCUUCUUGCUCAAGACUCAUCAGAAGAGGCACAGCGAUGAGAGGCCCUAUGUUUGCUCCAUAUGCCAAAAGGGCUUCCGCUGGCCUGCUGGCCUCCGCCACCACUACCUCUCCCACACUAAUCAGCUGCCCUUCCGCUGCCUCUAUUGCCCAUAUCGGGCCAAGCAGAAGUUUCAAGUGGUAAAACACCUAAGCAGGCAUCAUCCAGACCAACCAAUGCAAGGUGGGGUGGACAAGGACCCUGACACAUGUAGUGUCCCACUAGAAAAGGCUCGCCUUAAGCCAGGAAAAGACCAGCAGAUGGACAGACAGGGUAUUGCAGAGAAAGAAAAGGACACUGAAGAGUGUUAGCCUGACUUUAUUUUUCUGUUUUUAAUUUCAGAAAAGACACUGCACCUGUCCUGUAAUGAACUUCCGUCCAGGUGGAUCUGGACUUAAUGCCUUUUAGCUUAAUUAAUAUUGUUAGUUGUGAAGACUUGUCUGUGUAUUCACAGGGAAAAUCAAUUAAUUCACCACAUGAAAAGCAUCAGCCAUAUUUAUUUAGGUCACUGCCGGAUCACUGAGCAGACAGCUAAGAAUAGUUAAUGUCUUUACCUGACUGACUGACACACUCUAAUGAUUCCACAAUGUUGAAUUGUGCAUGUGCUGUAGCUUAGCUCUGUCCUUAGGGAUGCCUCGACCUUUCAACACAAGUUGAAAAACAAACUCGUAAAAAUAAAGUGGUUUGGAUUGUUAUUUGGGCAAAGCCAUAGAGGAACCACUUAAUGCAUUGGUUCUCAAUUUUUUUAGACAGUGUACUUCAUGAUCAAACUAAUACCGCCACAUACCGCUUGCAUAUGCCAUACUUUGUCUUUUUCCAAUAGUUAAUAAUAGGCUUAUUGUUUAAUAUAACUUAACUCAAAAUAUAACUAUAAAAUUGCUCUCACAAAAUAAUGUGAUCAACAUGGAUAAAGACACCAGGCUUUCAGGAAAAGUAUUUGGGUUUGGUUUAUUUUAAAGGACAAGUGGCACAUAACAAGUUUAGGAAAACAGAAUUUAACAACAAAUAAACAUUUUAAAUAUUAAACAUAUAACAGAUAGCCAUUAUGAAUUAAUAUCUCUAAUUGCUAUGUCUAAUACUUCACACAAUUUAAGACUACACAAAUACACAUUUUUAGAUCUUUUACAGACAACGUUUUAGAAGGUGCACUGCUUAGUAGAUUUUUAUAGUCCUACAGUCUUUAAAAAGGAAUUACUGGUAUGUAUUAGUUUAUUGUGUUCAACAGUAGGUGGUUAGCUAUACUACAAAUACUGGCCAAAAGUGAUUGUGCAGCUGAGAAGGCACUAUACUGACAAAAUGUUUAAGCUACUAAGUUAUUUUUAUGUAAAAUUGUAUUUUUCACAUAAGUCUAGAGCUCUCAUGACAACAGGAAUAAAACCUGAACACUAAAGCACAAAGCAUCUUCAGUUUGGGUCUUGGAAAUGUUAUGAGCAAGGCAAAUAUUACUUUAUAGCAGUUUCAUUUCUAAACUCUAAACUCAACACACAGCAGCACAUAAUAGGAAUUUACAAGUUUAAGAAUUACACCAGUGGAAAAGCUCAUUUCUGCCUCUCCGGGGGUCAGUGACGUGCUGAACAUUCAUCUAAGACGCCUCUGUAAUGUUAAUGUGCACAAACAGAGAAGAGGGGCAAAUGCUUGUGCCAUCUUUCGAUAAAAGAUGGAUGUGGCGGUACCCUGGAAUGGAGAACAUCGUUUAAUUAAAAUGUAAUCAUUUAUAGGUAGCAUAUUGUUUUGCUUGUUUCGCUGUGUCCUGAUUGCUCACUCACCCGACUGAAUGCAGGAGAAGGGUAGUGUGAACUGCCCUAUAAAAUCAUUCUUGGUUGCCAUAUCGUAGUCCUCCACAACAAAGCGUACCAGUGCCACCUCAGGAGUGUGGACAACAAACUCUAAUGUUUCAUUCCAGCACGGGUUUAGUCCUGUACAGGUGAGAACAGCAGUGUUAAGAUUUUGUCUUUGAGGCUAAAAGCAAUCAAAUCCCAUCAUGUUGCGAUGGGUAUUUCAUGUUAACAAACAUUAUUUUUGAUGGUUAUAGUCCCAAAAUGAAUUUUGAUUAACAAUAUUAGAAACUUAUGAACUUUUGCUAAUUAACCAGAUAUUUCAACUGGAAUAUAAUAAUUGCUUCAAUAUUCUAAUAAAACAAAAUAGAUAAAAUAAAAAAUAUUUUUAACUCAACAUACCAUCUUUCUUUCCUAUCAGACAAACUAUUGAGAUUAUGUCCACAUAUACAUAUAUUGUAUGGUAAGUAAUUGACAAGGCCUCACUGCAUGAAUACAAUAAAAAAUGACAAAUUGACAACAUGGUCUUUUCCUCACCAUUGUUCUCAAUGUAGCUGGUCUCCUGUUUGGCUUGAUCAGAAGGUACCCCAUAUAUCUCCACCCUUACGAAGGGAUCUACAAUGGAGCCUUCUUUGUUGUUGACUUUAGGAAGCUGUUGGCCACUAAUUACCUAAAAGCAAAACACCAAGGGAUCAGACAUUUUGUUAUUUUUAGUCAUAUUUAUCUAUAUUUGUCUCACUCAAGUUAUGCAAGCCUGGAUUAAAACUGAUUAGUGAACCAUUCAUUGCCUGAAUAGUGAGGAUGAGGGGACAGUAAUCCUUGCGGUCCUGGGGCCUGUCUGGAUUGAAAUGCUGCUCACUGUGUCGCAGGAUCUCAGGUUUCAGAACAUAUCCGCAGUGGUUAUUCUGACUGAAGAGCCCAUCAUUAAGAUCCAUCUCCAGUCCUGCUGUCUGGAAGUUUAAAGCCACUGUGGAUCAAGACACAUUAGCACGAAACCAUCAGCCCAAUCUAUAUAUGAGUAAAUUACAAAACUUCCAUUAGAUUUAAACCAGCUGCAAGACCAUUAAUGUUUAAUUAAGUUCACAAUUAAUUUACAAUUGAUUUAGCUUCAGUCAAAUUAGACUGAUUACUGGCUUACCCAUUUGGCAUCCCACAUUCCACAUGUCUUGUGGGCAGAAGUUUGAAGAGUCUGUCCUUAGUCCGCUGGGAUACACUCUGGUUAUCUGCCUUGUGUUGUGCUGAAUAAAGUCAGCAGCUGUGGGCAUAUCAGUGACACAUGGUUAAUUCAUUGCUUUAAUUAAAAACAAUGUUUUACAUGUUUAAUUCUAUAUGAACAACCUAUUUUGACAGUAGUGAACAUCACUAUCAAAUUGCACUUGAAGAACUGUUCAUAUGUCCUUAUAAUGGUCCUUUUAAUGGAAUGUUCCAAAAAGACAUAUUUGCAUAUACAGUAUGUGAUUGUGUAAAGAAAAUGAUUAAAGUUUGAAGAACCUCCAUAUGCUAAGACAUGCCAAUCAUCAUGAGAUAGUACAAUGUACAUUGAUCAUCACGUGUCCCUCAGGGGAAGGCAUGUAUAAGUUUUGAGAUGUUAUCUUGUGAGUGAUGUUGAACACUGGCCAUCAUGCGCAUGGCAAAGUGACUUGAAAUUAUGGGAGUUCAAGCGAAGCAUGAUAGUUGGUGCCAGAUGGGUAGAAUUUAUGAAGUUGUGCGUUCAAAUGUGUACCGGAAAUAUAUUACAGAAGGCAUUACCAUCCACAGUGGACAGUGCAGUGGCAUUGUCUGUCUAGAAAUAACAGGUGACUCUGGGAUAAAUCAACUCCACAUUAAAUGCUGGAGAUCCAGCAUGCUUAUCCUUCAGGUAAGUGCAGCAUUCUUUGGCAUCCAUGAGGCAUUUCAGUGUAAUGAAAAGAUAGAAGUGUGUUGUAAUUAAGCUUCAGUUGGAAAAAUCAGGUCUGCUGUAAUUUCUUUAAGUGGGCUUUUAAUGUAUUUGCAUGAUUCUCUAGUCUUAGAUUCUUAGGACCUCAGUUAAUUCAGACAAUAAAAUCUUAAAUUAAGGUCAGUUUUGUUUCAGCAUAACGUUUGUUGUAAAUAUAUAAUUAAUUUAAUUUUUUAUGCACCAAAAAAGAGUGUACCUGAUUCCUUGAUAAUUUUGCGGGCCUUAGACUCGGAGAAGGAGGAUAUGUCAUAAGGCUUGCCGUUGAUACGUGAGUCUUCAAAGUUGGUGAAGUUCUCGUUCUUACAGUAUAUGACGAGGUCUGAAAGCUCCUUGGUAAGAUUUCGCUUUGAUUUCUAGGUGACAAUAAAACAAAAAAACAUCUCAGACAUAUAAUCAGUGUUUGAAGAAAAUAAAAAAAGACAUGGUUUAGAUAGCCCACUGUAGUUGAUAGUGUAGAUGUUUAAUCCAGCUCCAUUUUUGGAUGACCACAGAUACUGAUGGGACUGAGCUGACCUGAACACAAAUCUUAGAUUUGCAACACAGUCAUGGUCAGAAGUCAACUCAUCUCCACAGGGGACUAUCCAAAAAAAGGGGGCUGGAACAAUGCUCUCAAAACCAAUGUGUUUAAAACAAAAUGUUUGUAAAACAACACAAUGGGCUAAAAUAUUUUUAAAACAUGCUGAGUGCAUGUCUGCUUACCUUGCUAUCUGAUGGUAAGCUCUCAUUGGUCAGGCUGUCCCUGCGCUGCUCUGCAGAAUCAUCUUCAUCGCUCACCUCACCACCUCCAGGAUUGUCAGCAUCCUCCAGUCCUCCAAUCUUCUUCCCUUUCACUAGGACCUUUCCUUUCAAAUCCUGAAACAAUAACAAGAGUAUGCAAAAUAUGGUUCCUUUUUGUAAACUCAUGAUAAGCCUGUUUGUUGACAAAUAAUGUUCCACUUUAUUCCAUGCUUUUAUAUCAAACAUAUACUCACUGAAUGGAGUUCUCUCUGCCUCUGAGAACAAUUGUAAGCUAAGUUAACUCUAAUGACACAUGGAAGCUAAAGAGCACUGCUCUGACCUACGAGAUAUACAUGUGUAUCCUUUUGUAUUGAAUAUGUUUAUGAUUUGAAAUGUCUGUUCAUAAGGACAAUUCUAGACAGAUGUCCCAUAAUCAUUACCACCCACUGCGCUGUCUACUGUGGGUGAUAAUGCCACACAUGACACUGUGGAUAAAUGUUAAAUGCCUGCUCAAACUCUGGCUACACUUUAGGGUAACACUUUAUGAUCAAUUUACAUACUGCUAUCCCUUGACUGUUGUCCUGUCAGUUUAUGGGUGUAGGUCAAAGUUUUUGAAUGGUUAAUUCUGCAAGAACACAUUAUAUUAUAUAAGAUUAUCAUAGUCUGACAAAAGUGAACAUUAUUGUAAAUCGUAUGAUUUAUUAGUCUGUGGUUUAAUAUAUCCAUGUUAUAAAGUUGGUAACUCAUGCUCACCUCUGGAGAUGGCAGCACAUUGACUUUGCCAUCGACUGUAGUUUUCAGGAGCAUGUCACCAAGGAUAUCCUUUAGGAGUUGAGCCAUGAUUUUCUGUUGCUCGGCAUUGCAUCGGUUCUCAAUAGACAGAAUUACUGGAUACUCUGAGGUCUGAAAUGCAGAAUAGUUAAUUGAGUAAUUUAGCAUGCACAUAAAAACUAGGCAUGGUUUCUGUAUUGUUAAAUAGAGAUUACCUUAAAGGCAUAUUUUGCCACAGUGGCAAUUACAUCUUUAAACAGUAUUUUGGAUGUAAAAGUGUGACCAUGAUAAACAACAGGCUCUCCAUUAGAACCAUCCCAGCAGUCGAUCUCCAAACAGCGACAACCCCGCCUCAGAGCCCUGCAAAAAGGUCAUUAGCUUCAUUAGGAGAGAGGGGUAAACUUCCAUGUGUUAAGAAAACAAGCUUAUGCUUAACCUGCUACAUUACAGAUUAUGUAAUAAUUGUAAUAAAGUGGACAUUUUAGUGCUGUUUCACUAGGGUAAAUACUAAACAGCCAUUCAAACCAUUCAAUUAAAAUCAAUUAAAUGUGUUUUUACUUUAUGUAGGCCUCUAUGCUGCUUCUUCCUUUGAGCUGGUCCUCAAGAAGGUAAGUGUUGUGCGAAGAGGAGAUAAAGUAAUGGCUGAAAGGCUGGGUCAUAUCCUGAAAAAGACGCAGGUCUUCAGGGUUGAAGAUCGCACCAUCAGCUGAGGUCAGAUACAUCAGGAAGCCAUCUAUUGACAUGGUGGUGUUGGCUUUGGCUGUACAGGAACACAUAACAUGAAAUUAAUUCAUGCAAUUUUUACUAAAUUAGUAAAGCAUGUCUGCAUAUACAUUAUAUCAUAAUAAGAAUUUUAUAGUAAUAUUUAGUUGCAUAAAAAUGUAAUGUCUUUCUUUUUUCUUUCUACCCACAUAUUACCUAACUGUUGCCAGUGCCAUGUUACGGAGAAACCAACAUGCUCAGAGGAAAGUGCACAGUACCCAGCUGUGAUGCAUCAACUUUAAGAUGCCUGUGCUGGUCACCAUCACACUAAAGUGAUGUAUGAAGAGAGCAUAGCCAAUUGGGCUUUCUCAGGCUCCGGCUGCUGAUGGCAAACCACAUGAUAGCCAUCUGACCCAAGCAAUGGCUGACAGUACCUGUAUCUGAAGGCUCAUAUCUUUUGAUCAACUCCAGGGCAUAGUCAUGACUUCUAUCUCCUUCCAGUUGCUCCUCCCGCAGGAACUCCUCCAGAUCACAGUGUGAAAGAGUUUGUCCAUCACUGGAGUAGUCCUGGAACAGCUCCAAAACAUCCAUCCUCUGGUGUCAUGUGUUACCAAAAAUACAUCAGAGACUGGACAGCCUAGUGGAUGGUAAUGAUCGUUUCUGGCAGCAUCUGGCUACAAUUAUCUGUGACAAAACAUCUACAUUCAACAAAGGAUGCCCCAUAUGCAUACCCCACAGGAACAAAUCAGACACCCAUCUGAAGAGAGAGCUUGUUCAAGGAAAACCAAAAAUCAAAUCAGCAAUCAAUAAGCCUUUAAACUCUAGACUUAUUAUUCAGGGACUGCUACAAAUACCAUAAAACUAAUAUGUUCUCUAUGAGGGUCUGCAUGCCUUGAAUCCAAGCCUGAGCCUCCUCAGCAGUAUCAGCCACAAGGUCCAGGUUCCCACGGCGGCCACGGAAAACAAGCGUAAAGCAGCGUUCUGGAGGGAACUCGUCUGCAACACUGAGGAACACCUCAGAUUCAUGGCCCUCGCGCACCGCCUCCACGUCAGCUACAGAGACUGCAGGUGCAAAACCACAGCAUUACUGAGCAGUUUUGAUUAUUCAUAAUCUCUGGUUUAUCAAACUGAUGUAUGUACAGUUUAUUCAGUGUUAUUUCUUUACUUUUAUAAUUAUCUGCAGUUGCAGAAUAAAUUUCUAUGUAAA